AUGGCUGAAAUCCUCUCCGUUCAUCCCGUGAAAUGGGAUGGGAUGAAAAACCACUGGUGGCAGUUUUUCAUGAUUGGAGUUUUAUUGGCUUGCACUACUAUUGGAGUCGCAAACAUUUUGUGGUCUGUUACUGCGAGGAUCAUCAGAUACUAUAAGUCACGAACAUUGCCCGACAAGAUUCCUUCAAAUGUCUCCCAACGUCUUCGACAACUGGCGAACCGAGAACUCAAUUUGAUUCACGCUUCAACACAUUCGCCAAAGCCCUCGUCAUUUGGAGUAUACCUGGGAAGCUUCAAUGAGCCACCAACUGUAUCCCAGGAAAAGUUGCUGGCCCAGUGGGAUAUUUUGAUCGUGGAUCCAUUCCAGGAUGGCGUUGCAGAGGCAAUUCUUAAAUGCGAUCGCAGCCAGAUACUAGGCAGGGUUGAUCUUGCGCAGAUCCAUUCCUCAAAGGAGACUGUCAUGAGCGCAAUUGAAAAGAUCGAAGCCAUUCUUGCCAACAACUUUAACGACAGUGCCUUCUCCGGUAUCUUGUUCGCCAACUGGGAGGACAUUUUCACCCCGUCUCUCCACGCCAAGUUGUUUGAGUCAAUCAGCGCACUCGGGCUGGCGGUCUAUCUGGAAGUGCAACCACCGAACUUUUUGAAAAACAGGAAGGCCUUGCAAAAUGGAUCUGUCUCUGGACUGGUUAUUCGCAAUGCUAGCAUCAUGCCAAAUGGUGAAAAGCGCGACUAUUUUCAAAUGGAACCUCUGCAAUCGACCAUCAAGGCGUUUGUCUCCGAGGCGUGUAUGAGAGACUUUGUGGUAUUGGCCUGGGAGACUAUCAACAACGACGUUGGUGUGUCGAACGCCAUUGUCCGAAGAUCGAUCCAGUGGUGCAGCUUUUACAGUGCAAUUUCUUGGAUAGGCUCCCAGGCCUCUCUAAAAGAUUCCGACCUAAACACACCAACGACGGAGCCUCUUCCGGCUUUCGGCUGGCUGAAGGAAGCCGAGAUCAUGAAAGUUCAUGACAAAUGGCGCUCCAAUCGUGAGAUUUCAACAAAUUCCGGCAUUCAAAGCGGGUGGGAUACGCUUCGGCCACUUCUUCCUACGAUUGACAACUUGCUUGAUUCGGAGGAGAGCGAGACAAAGUCACCAGAGAGCCCUGUUCUACGCCUCAGAGAUCCUCCAGAAUGGGUGGCACAGGUCAAGUCACAAGGCAGCCCGUUGUCUGUCUCGAUGUCAGGGCAAGAGUAUACCAGCAUGGGAUGCUUUCCUCUGGGCUCUGACCCUACUCCAAUGGCUUUCGCAGAGAUUCUCCAGUCCCAGCAACGCCUGAAGUCGCUGGAACUUCUCCACCCCUUGCCAGCAACCAAACUUCAAAGUCUUAGUCUUCUUUUCCGCAACUUCCACGAGAAUCUGGGGCUGUUUAACGACGAUGCGCAACUUUUGUCUGCUAUUCAAAAUCUGUCUGAUUUAGCGUCGGAUGGUUUUUUGACGGUCAGCCUUGCACUAGACUCUGGGCUCAGAAAGACUUCGGACUCUCGUUUCUGGGCAGUCUACGAACAAGACGAGGAGAAGUUUGAGAUUUUCGUCUCCAAAAAUGCCCAAGGUUUGGCCGGAACAGUCUUGCAUACUUUUCUCUCUGCGAAGGGAUUUUCCCGCCAUGUUUGCUGUGAAAUGGAAGUGGCCUUGGCAAGAUGGUCUGAGGAUUUGGCUCCGAAUGCCAGACUUCCACGUCGAUUUGUUCAAGAUAUCGACGUCCUCAGUCCAGAGGAGAGACUACUGCUUCUGCAGCAUUUGUCACUUACGGAUUCCAAUAGCGAGUUGUCUGAGAAUAUCUGCGCCUACAUUCGACGGCAGCUUGUAGACGCGCCCUCCUUUGCCCAGCUCAAAGAAUUCAACACAGUUGGUUAUCUCGAAGGCUCUACAAGCCCCGAGGAGCUGAUUCGAUCUCGAAUCAAUUGGUAUGGAGAGCAAGGCUGUUCGUAUCCUUCGCUCUCGGCGUCUCUUGAUCUAUUCCACCAGGUUGAUCGAGUCUUCAUGCAAGUAUUGAAGCAACAUCGCGAGGAAGAUCUGGCAACUAUCACAGCGGGAAUUUGCGAUCUCUUACAGGAAGGUCAAGUCGAUGCUUAUAUUGAUAUGUUGGCCCUCUCGCUUUUCUGUGCCGCGAGGAAAGAUGCUUUCGAUGAAAUCUAUGCCGAGGUAACCGACAGAAACCCGUUGUUCAACCUACACUCGGACCAGGCCGCCGCAUUUGCAGAGUCCUUUGCUCUGGGCUCACGAUGUGAAGUCUACUUCGGUGUGAAUCCCAGCGUGUUCGGAAAACUUCUAUCUGAUCGAUUCCGAGCCUACUAUUCCAAACAUCAACCACCAAACUGGAUCAAUGGCGCUCCACAACUGGCAACAGCCUACGCCGGUGCUCAGAUAGACGUGAAUCCAGACGACAAAGCGAAGGCCAUGCGACCAUAUCAGAGAUUCACGUUCUUGAGUGUCUUUGCUAUCCCAGCCCUUAUUGACAUCAUCUUGCUCACUAUCAUUGGGCGAGGACUGUAUCUUUCUGCCUACAUGACGCAUCAAGAACAAGAUAGUGCGACAAUGGCCUUGAUGAUUUCCCUGCUGCUUUCUGGUGCUAUUGGCACAUGGAUCGCAUGCGGCGGACCAUACUACCUAAUCUCAAUGGCUUUUGCUGCAGCCAACAUGUUCGUCUUGAUUCGGCUCAUUGCGGGCAUUGCAUUCACAGUCGCUGGAGGCUUGAUCGGCUUUGUCGCUAUUUCCAGCGUCAGAGGUCCUCGAGCGGGUAUAAUUUUCUACCUUUAUCUGAUUGCCUUGACGAUCUACUUUUCGACUUUUGCUUCCCUCGCAAGUUUCAGCUACCCCGGUUCCACAUUCCUGUCGGGCCGCAAGGCAAUUAUUCUCUGUAUUCCGAUCCUCUCUUUGUCGCCCAUCAUCACUACUUUCGCAGGAAACGAUUCGGCAAUUUACUUGGCCGUCAUCUACCUCUUCAUUGGUGUCCUCUUACUCAGCCUGCGAUCCACGGCUGCCAAAUGGGUGACCUGGUAUCAGUCUAUCAGACGCACCGACGAUACUGAGAUCCGCAAGUGGUACAUCUCCGUUCAUGGAAACAACAAUGAAAAGGUCUUCGGCACCAUGAGUGACCCUGCUGCUCUCAAAUUAGCGCGAGAGGCUCUUUUGAACGAUAUCAUGGCUGAAAAGUCCCGUAGAAUUUUCUCCCGGCCAACCACUGAUCAGAUGGUCAAGGAACUUACUCGGGACUGGGAUUCUACCAACUUCCUUUUGGAUUGGUACUGUCGUCAUGCAGACGUUCCACGACCGAUUCCAUUCAGCUCUGGCUGGAACAUCCAGACUAAGGUUGCUCUCGAUGUUCUGCGCAGCUCGCAGAAAGGCCUGCGUCUACACAAUGCUUUCGUCCACUGGCGUCAAUCAAGUAAGGAGAUUGGCUGCGGUAUCCUGUACUUUAUCAUUGCUCUGCUCGACAAGUGGGUGCAACUGCUGAGUGGUGACCGUCUUCUUGGACUGACAGCCUCUGUGAACGAUGCCAAUCGCAUGGCCGUCGGGUUUGCAUUGGCAUACUAUCUUAUUGGCGCCGUGCUUAUCGACACUAAGGCCCAAGAGCUCCACGACGCGAUCGGUGAAAAUGCCCCCGCCGCCGUCAAGUCAGCCAAGGACAUUCGUAUUUCGCAGAAGAAAAACAUUCAAUUCCGUCGAAAAGUCUACUGGCGAACCCUGUUCAGGUUUUUCUUGUGGCAUGUGUGGAGUCUUGCCCUCUCGACAGCUCUCAUCUGGACAUUCCAGUCAUCAGUAGAAGCCAUGACCGUCUUCUUCUCCUACGUCCUUGCCUACAGUGGUCUCAUCUGGUACCAAUAUACCAAGAUCUUCACUGGUCCACAUGCCCUAAAACCGCUUCUGAUUGGCAUUACCGUCGGGUUGCCUGUUGGAAUUGCCCUCAAGGUCUGCUUCCCUAAGUUUCUGUACUCCCAGAUCAUUGGCCUUGGAGUUGCCACCUGGAUUGUUGCCAUUCUGUCCCUUUUCAAUGCGAAGAUGGGAAUGCCUCACGAGGUUGACUCUCCCGUUGAACUGGGCAGGACUUUCCAUGCUUUCACUACGCCUUGGGCAGACCCCGAAUGGUCCCAGCAGGAGCUUCAGAGCUACUUCGAGAAUAUCUCGCUUCUGCCAGCCGAUUCCCGUUUCAAAGUUGAUCCGGCUGUCCACCCAGGCAUUGAAAUCAAAAAUGUUAUGCGAUCUCGCAGGCAUGAACUUCGAAUCGAAGAGGCUUUUCCCAACUCCAAGGAGAUCAUUGAUCAAGCUCUUUCAUUAUGGGAGACUGGAGAAAUAUGUCUGGAGCUUGUGCCGCACGGUUCUAUGGGACCUGGUAUUCGGGCCUUGAGCUGCAGUACCGGGAAUCAAUUGAAGGUAGCAAUCAGCGUGAGAGGCUUACAUGAUGAGCGACUUGACAUUAGCGCCAACUGCCAUAUCAUUGCGGAGACACUGGUCCACUCUGUCGCCGAGAUGGUUAUGGGCGUUCCUCACGAGUAUGCAGCUCUGGCUGAAGCUAUCGUCUCGGGCGGAGUUACCCACACCAUGGCUCGGCUACUGCGAGAAGAGGCCAAUACUUCUGUUGUCGUGCAGUGGGCCAAGAAGGAACUUCUCCGACAGUUGUGUCUUGGGUUUGAAGCAGACAUUCACUGGGACAAGUUACCUGUAGAAGUACGAAAGAUUCUUCUGGAUCGCUGCGUCGGACAGUCCUGUGAGCUACCAGAGACCCAACGCCAAUGGCUCCAGCAGAGUCUUUGCCAGUUUGACACCAACGAUCUUGACACUCACGUUGCGAGAUGCAACCUUGGAGCGGCUACGGCGAUUAGUAUCCUCGAUUACUCUCACUACGGAACUGGCGAGGCCGCUAUCCCCAAGGAGCCCGAGACCGCUGAGUUCAUCUCUUACGUUCCUCGGAAGUUGCCAUUGCCCUUGACUCUGCUCAGAUCACCGUUCAGCUACGUUUACCACAAGCUGGGAUCUAUCGUCAAGUUUGUGUUCAUCGCUCUGGUCGCCGAUCCCGAAUUUCAAAGAGAGUUUGACCACGUCUCCAAGACUCUGCCCACAGUGAUUCGCGUCCCGAGCGUGUUCCUGCUCAACAUGAUCUGGAUCUACGCCAAGUUUGUGCAAGACUUUGGGUUGUCUUUCUUCUUGUUCCACGGUCGCAAGAACGUCAAGCAACUUUGGGAAGAGACCAAGGGAAUGACCAUCCACAUCAAGAAGAGCAGAGUUAUCAUUCAAGGACUUGACGGAACCUUCACAGCGUUCAGGCACCAGGAAACUGAUGGAGGCUUCAAAGUCUACCAAUACGCCGGCGAGCACAAGACCGAGCCCAAGGACAAAGAAGCCAGAACACUCAAAUAUGUCAGCAGCUAUUCGAGCGAGAUGCUGCUCCUGAUCAAGCAAGAGUUCAAAGACGGAAAACUGCUCAAUGAGUACCACUACGACUAUCAAGCACCAGCAAAGAAGGGUCUCAAGCUCGGCAAGGCAUCGCUUGCGCGCAUGCCAUUGGGACGUCGUUGUGUCCAGGGCGAGAACCAUCUGCAAAGCAUUCAGUACAACUCCAAGGGUCUUGUUGAUAAGGGCUCAUACAUGAAAGAUGGUAAUCUCAUUCGGUUCCAGUACCAUUAUCGCAAGAACCCACGCUUUGGAGAUGAACUGCUUCGAGCUGAGUUCUCAUUGUCCCACAUCACUUGCAAUGUCUCUUGGUGUGCACCUCCCCGCCGUCAUCGCGACAAGGAACAUCGCUGGAUUCCGCAUACCAAGGUCACCGAAGCUACCUUCGUCCAACAGGCCACUGGUGAUGUGUACGAGAGUCGCUGGCUCUAUGAUCACAAGUUCCACCCGACCAUCUUCACUACCAUCAAUGGAACGAAAGUCCAAACGCCGCCUAUGAUUGAGCACGAUUACCUGGGAGUACUUGCUAAGCCAAACUAUACCAGUUUCGUGCAUGACAAUCCCUUCUUCUUCGUUGACAGCCUCCGCUCAAAUGUCUUCACCCGCCUACUUGGGUUGAACAAAAAGCGCUUUACUGUCUCGACGUCCCGAUCUCGCUCCUUGAUGUGGAAAGCUUGGAAGGAUCGAAAUGACCUUGACGGAAUCAUUGUUCGCUGGAUGGAUGAUCGUAUUCUUCGCAAAGACGAGGUUCUUUCCCCUUACUGGCGCAGUCGCGAUUGGGGAAACCUCAGAGCCGCAAGAAAGUAUAUGGAGCUUCGUGCCGAUGCAGUCAUGGCCAGUGCAGACUUGGACAAUAAUAUCUCCAGCUGGACACCCCUUGCCGUCAAGCUCAGCGAUUUCUUCAACUUUGGUCCCGGAGGUGACGCCAUUGUCACCACGCGGUCCAAGGAAGUCAGCUCUGAUACCGACAAGACUCUCCAUGUUAUGGCUGCAGACAACGGUACUUGGCCUAAUGAGGGUGGUGGUGUCUCUGCCUGUCGACGAGACAUGAUCAAUUCCCUACGUACCAUCAAGUGGCAUAUGAUUUGCGAGUCCGCGAAUGACUUUGGCAUUCCUAAGCAUCAGACGGAGAGGAACAUCCAGUCACUGAAGGUGAUUCCCCUGUGGGGCUUGGACUUCUUGACACCUACCCACGGGCUGUUCAGCAACAAGCUAGAUUCCGAGGUUGACAAUGUCACUUCCGCUAGCGAGUUCGAUAUCAAGAUGAACUUCAUUCCCAUUCUCACGGCGCUUGUCAAGGGCGCGCGAGCUGUUGAUCUCUCCAAGGCAGAUAUUCACCAGGCAACUCGGGCUCUGGUAAACCUCAACACAUACUUCCAGGAAUCUCGUCACUGGUCGCAAGUCUGGAACAGUGAUAUGGUCAAGCAGAGCUGGCGGGAUCUCUGGCUCACGCAAGAAAUGCCAAACACCAUCCCAUCAUCUCAAUGGUUUGACACCGAGCUUCCAACCUUGUCAACUCUUGAUGUUGCUUUGGAGCUGUGGUACCGCUACCUCUUCAUCUUCUCCAUCCCUGUUCCAGACAAGAUUCCGAAUGUCUUCCAAGCGUCUCAUCACAGUGUCAGUGCCUCUUACGGUGUUGUGUGUAAGAUCAAGCGCAAUUGCACCUUGCAGAUCUGGGAUCAUGCCAUCAGCUGGCGAGAGACCAAUCUCUGCCUCUCGUCUGCUCUCUGCAAACUCUCGCCUUUCGUCCGGAAUGCCCUUCUUGGUCUGAUGCGAAUCACUUCCGUUCUGACCCUCCACCAUGCGGAUAUCAUUCUUCCUUGUGCUGACUUCUUCAACCCCGGCUGGGAAGUUGAGAUCGGCACUUGCCAGGGAACUAUUGAGCAUCGCAAUACGUUCCGUCGCAAGGUUGACCCGGUUGUCAAUGGUAUCACUGACAUGCAAAAGUUUGCUCCUGUGAAGGAGAUCAAGUCUGAACGCCCGACAGUGACCAUGCUGUCGCACGUGUGGUAUGCCAAGGACAUCAAGACUGCACUCCUGGCGGCCGACAUCAUUAUCAACCAGUGGAAGUUUGAUGACUACCAUCUUGACAUCUACGGUGCCAUUGACAAAGCUCCCACAUACUCCACCGAGUGCCAGGAGAUCAUCGCUUCCAAGGGUCUUCGUGGUAGAGUCACAUUGCGCGGAACGGCUGAUCCCAUGAAGGUGCUCGAAAACACCUGGCUCUUCCUGAACUCCUCUCUGUCCGAAGGUCUCCCUCUGGCUUUGGGCGAAGCAGCUCUCACCGGAGCCCCCGUUGUCUGCACAGACGUUGGUGCCUCGCUUCGUGUGCUGAGUGACCCGGAUGACUUCUCACGCUUCAGUGCCGUGGUCGCACCCAAUGAUGCACAAGCCCUCGCAAAGGCUCAGAUAUCCAUGUUAGCCAUGCUCGGAGAAUGGAGCCAAUACAGUGACGACAACGAGCCCGCACCUGUCCUCACCUCAUCGCCCACCCCAGAGGAAGUCGAAAUCAUCACUCGCCGCAUGUACGCCAAGAGCGAGCAACGACGCAAACUGGGCAUGAUGACUCGCAAGAUCGUGCAGAAAUCCUUCAGUGGUGACCGGUACCUCCGCGAGCACGAACAGAUGCUCUGGAUCGGCAAGUCAGCCAAGAUGAUGGCCAGCCGAGCCGCUGGCGACCCAGUCGAGCCCACAGACAUCGCAACGGCCGUCGAACACAGGGCAGCCGUAGAAGAGGAAAUCAUCACCAUCCCACCAAGCGCCGUCUACUCCUGGCGCUCAUCGGCUAUGUCAAACAUGUCCACCGUCUACAGCUCCGUCUCCAACUUCCCCCUCCGAGACAAUCGCACUCGCGGUGUCUCCAGCAUUUCCGCCCUCAGCCUCAGCAAUCUCUCCACAGACACAGAAUCCCAUGCCCGUCUGCCCGUCUUUGCACCGCGCCACUCGGUGCUUUCCAACGGAGGCUCGCAUGGCAGUCGCUCCCCGGGCCUCGUUGCCCCGCAAAACUUCCGGGUCUCCUUCGGAGGUCAGCGUCGGCCACAAUCUUUCGCACGCUCCAUCUCGACUGCCGGUCGAGAACAGGUGCGUGGUCUGCAUCGUGAAGAUCUCAUGCAGUAUCGCAACUCGGAUGUCAGUACGAUCAUGCGAGAGGACUUCCUGCGGUCUGGCCAGGUUUUCAGCCAUUAA